GCGUCUUAGGCGGAGCCACCGGUUUACUUCCUUGUAGCAAAAGCUAACAGUGCUGCACCAUGAAAAUACUCGCUUUAUUGAGUUUCGUGUCCACAUUCUUAUUAACGGAAAGCAGUAACGUCGAGCAUCGUACAGCACAGUUCUUCAGCAGUGGACACACUAAUAACUGGGCUGUUCUGGUGUGUACAUCCAGAUUCUGGUUCAACUACCGUCAUGUGGCAAAUACUCUCUCAGUCUACAGGAGUGUUAAAAGGCUGGGCAUACCUGACAGCCACAUUGUUCUCAUGCUGGCUGAUGAUAUGGCUUGUAACCAUAGAAACCCCAAACCCGCCACAGUAUUCAGCCACAAAAACAUGGAGUUGAAUGUGUACGGUGACGAUGUGGAGGUGGACUACAGAGGAUAUGAGGUGACAGUGGAGAACUUCCUUCGUGUUUUGACUGGAAGACUUCCUCCCAGCACUCCACGCUCCAAACGACUUCUCUCUGAUGACCGGAGCAACAUCCUCAUAUACCUGACAGGCCAUGGAGGGAAUGGAUUUCUGAAGUUCCAGGACUCUGAGGAGAUCAGUAAUGUGGAGCUGGCUGAUGCUUUUGAGCAGAUGUGGCAGAAAAGAAGAUACAACGAGCUGCUCUUCAUCAUUGAUACCUGUCAGGGAGCCUCCAUGUACGAGAGGUUCUACUCUCCAAACCUCAUGGCUCUGGCCAGCAGUCAAGUUGGAGAGGACUCCCUGUCGCACCAGCCAGAUUUGGCCAUAGGAGUCCAUCUGAUGGAUCGUUACACCUUCUACCUGCUGGAGUUUCUGGAGGACAUCCACCCUGCAAGCAAAGCCAACAUGAAUGACCUGUUCAAAGUAUGCCCCAAGAGUCAGUGUGUGUCCACUCCAGGCCACCGUACUGACCUUUUCCUGAGGGACCCAGGAAGCGUCCUCAUCACGGAUUUCUUUGGUAGUGUUCGCAAAGUUGAGAUCACUUUGGAAACCAUCAACCUGACUGAUCCCAUCGAGCCGGUGGAGCAGAAUGCUUUGAAUGAAGAGUUGGAAAAAGAGACAUUCUCGUAUGUGGAUCAGCUUCCAGUGUCUGAGAUCAUCCACCAGAAACCAAAGCAGAAAGACUGGCAUCCUCCUGACGGCUUCAUCCUGGGCCUGUGGACUCUAAUCCUCAUGGUGUUUUUCAAGACGUACGGCAUCAAGCACCUCAAACACAUCUUCUGAGGCCUCAGCAUUUACGCAGCUGGAUAUCUGAGGACACAGGGAAGUUGAUCGGGAGCAUUACCCAAAAGGAUAUUAGAGGGAAAGUGACCAAGAAGCUUCCCUGGAAAUGGACUGAAGGUGUGUGGCACCACAAUCUCUCAGACAGAAACUGUGUGAUGCAGUUGGUGCCUUUUUUAUGUUUAAAUGAUUGUUCUGUACUGGGGAGAUGUAAAAGUGUACUAUUCUACAUGAGAAAGUCAAGAUGUUCCAAUACCUUUUUCACCUUUUAUACCAGUUUCUAAAAAAAAAGUUUGAGUAUCGACAAAAACAAGUAUCCCUUUAAUUUAAAAACGUAUGCAUAUGAAGAUGGCGACACUACACCACGUCCUCUUGAUUGUCAUUUGGAGCCUGCAUGGUGAAGUGAAAUUUGGUCAAUUUCUAUGAUCCACUCCUUUUGUUUUCAAAAAUGUAUGAUCAACUUACUGUUAAAAUGGCAACAAUUCCUCAGGUUGGUACAGCCCACGGCAGAAAAUAUUAUUGUUUCUGUUUCAAUGGUUUUUGAAAAGUGCAAUGACUUUUUGCUAUGUAUCAUCUCACUGUUCCUCCUCUACUCUGCUGCAAGAGUCACAUUUACCAAUUAAGCUGUCAAGCAUUGCAUUUUACUCUUUUUAUGGCAUCAAAUAGCUUAUUCAAAUCGAAGCUCUCAGAAAAAAAACCACUAAGACAUAGAUACCAUGAUUUAGAAUAAAGAGAAACAGAACAUGUUCAAAAAGCACAUCAUUACACAAGUCAUGGGAGGACAUGCAUACAGACAUUUUAUUUUGUAUAUGUACAUUUAGUUGUUUUCCAGAGAUUUUUUGAAAUUAGCAGAGGUUAUCAUGGGAAAACCAGCUUUAGCCCUAUUCGCACAAGAUUAGUAUUACCUAGGAACCUCUGGUAAUUUGAAUUAAUCACUCAGGACGUUUGUGCUUUUCAUCCUGUGUGAAUCGACCAUGUCUGUAAAUUGUGGAGUAAAAAUUACUUGGCACAUUAUCUACUGUAUUUCAGCACACACAGAGGUCCAAAGGUAAUACUAAUCCCAUGUAAAUCAGCAUCUCUGUAAUUUAGGGUAAAAAUGCUGUUUUUUGAAGGCCAGAGCUGUUUUUGCUCUUUUUUCUGAUUGAAAAAAAUGCAGGUCUGUUCAAAAAUGACUUUAUUUCUGCUCUUCUGCCUCCUGAUGCUUCUGAGGCAAAAUUAACGAGUUAGAUGGAGAGUUAGCCCACCUGAGGGCACCCUCAGGUGGGACAGAGGAUUGACACAACUCUGGUUGUGCUCUGGAUGCCCUAACAUUUUACCAGGGGCAUAUAAUCUGUUGGAAAUUGAACAAAAUCCACACCUUUAGCACAGAGUGAGGGGUGAAUGUGGUGAAUUAGCACGGCCUGGGUAACGUCCAGGCAGGAAAUAGGGUUGCCACGACCCCCUGGUUGUGCUGUUGGUGUCCCAAGAGCCCAAAAACCCUUUGGGGUCUCCAGGCAUGUUACCAUGGGUGAAAAGGCCCAGCAAGAAGAUGCCAUUGAGCUUGACCUAUGUUGCUGAGCAACAUACUUGUUGAUAUGUCCAGCCUGACUCUCCACUCCAGCCCUGGGUUGUGGCACAUUGGGACCAAAGGAUGUGCCCUACAUGCCUAAAAUGUAAAGUUGUCAGAUGAUUCAAAUUUUUAAUAGUGAUUAAUUUCCCUUUUUAAAAAAUGUCCCUCUUUUGCUGUUUGAACUCUUUUUUUCUUUUUGUAUUUUUGUACUUAAAUUGAGGAUUAGUUGACUUUGUAUUUGGAUACGGACCUGCUUUUAUUUUGAAACGAAGAGGAACUUGGGUCAAAGUAAAAUCCUGGCAAGAACUUAUCAACGGACCAAGGAAGUUGAUAUGUACUGUAAAAAAACAAAAUAAGGAAACAGCAGAAAGUAAAUUGGCUCAUCUAACACAAAGGAGGCAGAGGUUAAGACCCACCCUGCACUCAAUCAGUAUAGAAGCUUCAAAUGUUUUGGCUUUUCUUUUGGGAUCUGUUAUUGUCAUCUAUCUUUGCAUACCAUAUAAUCUACAGCUAUGAACAGUUUAUUUAUCGACAGAAUUGCGAAAAUAAAUUCUAAUCAAAUCAGAUCAGUGCAUUUACUGACAUGCUAGUCAAUACUGAAUUUCAGCCUGUAUCUAAAGUCACUUGUGUUAAUGCUAAAGGUAUUGGAACAAUUCUAAUGACAAGGUGAAAGGGAUGAAUACUUGAAAAUAUGCAAUGCUCAAACUCUGCCUCUAUGAGCACUGCAGCCGUUUUAAACAGUUAUGUUCUUUUUCCAAAAAGACUCUAACUUUUAUUUAUUUCUUGUGUGUCUAAACUUUCCAUAAUUAUAUUGAUUUGUUAAAAAUGCACUGAAUUAAGUCCACAGAUAAGAGUUUAAUUUGUUUUUCCAGACUACUGCUUUGCAUACUUCAGCAGCAGUUUUGUCUCCUCAGAAACUCAGUCAGAGGAGGAAGAAGGGGAUGAGGGGCCGGCUGAUUGGCUGUGAGAGAACUGUGCAGAGAUUACUGAUUAAUGCUUCCGCUGUCCGUAUACAUUACACCCCUUGACCGUCACAUCCCGCUUGUGAGGGAUAACAAUCGCACAUAAUCCCAUCUCUCCGUGAUGGACCCAUCCACUUUCCCAUUCUCCAAAUUGCCCUCCCUGUGGAAACAUCCAUUAACUCCCCAGCCAUGUACUCGGCUGAUUGUAUUCUGGGUGAUGGACAGCUAUUUCCCCGGCCGUUUCCACGUCCCUGCUACAGCGGCGAUAAGUGAGUGAUAACCCAGUAAGCUGCCGGUCGUCCCAAAUGAAUCUCCUCUACGGGACGUGUUUUUCCUCUUUUUUCCCCCCUCUCCCUUCCUCUUGUGUGUGUUACGGCUCAGCAUUAAGCUCAUUGUACGGAGGAGUGACUGAUGCUUGGAGCGUAUGGAUUGAACCUGUGGUAGUUUAUCUUUGCUCUGUGGCACACGGGCACGCCCAUCAGGUGUCCGCUGCCACCCUCCCUCUCGGCUGAAGUGGAAAAUAGAUGGAGCUGGAAAUUGGACCGUAUGUUUGUGAAGGCAGCUGCUGCGUCAGCCACCAUCUACCUUUUUCUUUUACAUUAUUUAUGCAAGGCUUAUUUCUCCUUUCCUGUUUCUAUUUCCUGUAAUCUCAUAUCCUCCUUCACGGAGAGUGAGCUCAUUUUAUUUCAAUUGGUCUGACUCUGAUACCCUGAUUAAAGUUGAAACACUGAAUAAAAGGAC